AUGGCAAUGAAUCCUACAAAUGCUGGUAGUGUUAGUUGCCCACGUAUUUCAGAAGUGGAUGAAAACACGAAGUAUAUUCAGAAUGCACCAGUAAAAGAACAACAUGAAAUGCGACCUUCUGGUACAGAGUCAAUGGAAACAAUAUGGAUUACAGAAAUGUCAGUGUGUUGGAAAGUCAUUGUCAUACUAAAGGAAAAUCCACAAUGGAUACCAAAGAACUUAUGCCAACGAGAGUGUAUCCACUACAUAGCACGACCAUCCGACAAAAAGGAUGACCCAAAUGAUCCAUCGUGUAAAUGUGGGAAUAAGAAAUCAUCCCACGAUAGAAGUUGUAUAUUUGAUGCGAUCAGUACCACGGAAUGGAAGACAGAGUCAGACACGAAAACUAAUCAGACUACUGCUUAUGGAGAAGUUAAAUUUGUAGGAGCUAUUGGCAGUUUUGCAACUUCCAAAGGAAAAAAGUAUGUACGAUUGGAACAUGAUACGGAUCCUAACAAAGUUCUCGAACUUCUAAGGGACCAUUGGAAGCUGGGAGUACCGAAACUUCUCAUCUCCGUGACUGGUGGUGCCAAAAACUUCCGCAUGAACCCCAGGCUGCAAAAAGCGUUUAGGAAAGGUCUUAUCAAAGCGUCACUCAGCACAGAAUUAAUCUCAUUCGCGUUUGAUGGAGAUAACCAUUUACUAGAAGAAAAGAGGUUAUUAAAAUCAGCGAUAUUUUAA